AGCGGGCGCGCGGCGGGGGCGGCCAUGGAGGAGGUGUGCGCCAAGUUCGUCUCGCAGAAGAUCAGCAAGACCCGCUGGCGGCCCCUGCCCGCCGCCGCCCUCCAGCCCCCCGACCUCUUCGCCACCGGCUCCUGGGACAACGAGGAUAACAGGAUCUCCGUUUGGUCCGUUGGAGACCUUGGAAAUGCGGGCCUCAAUGGUGAAUAUCAAGGAGAGCCUCAGCUGCUGUGUGACAUCAGGCACAACGGUGAUGUUAUGGACAUGCAGUUUUUGGAUCAAGAGAGAAUUGUGGUGGCUUCAUCAACAGGAACUGUAACUGUAUUCCGUCAUCAUCAAAAUAACCAGACUUUAUCUGCCAACCAUCGGUGGGAGAAAGCCCAUUAUCAUGUGGAUCAAGACACAUCUUGCAGUGGAGCAGCAUGUACUGGAGUCAUCUGCAACAAACCAGAAAUUGUCACUGUGGGAGAAGAUGGUAGAAUUAAUCUCUUCAGAGUUGACCAAAAGGAUGCAGUAAGAACUAUAGACAAUGCAGACAGCAGUACGCUCCACGCAGUGACUUACCUUCGCACAACUGAGAUCUUGACAGUAAAUUCAAUUGGACAGUUGAAAAUAUGGGACUUCAGACAGCAGAAAAAUGAGCCAUCUCAAAUAUUUUCGUUGACAGGUGGCCGAGUUCCACUGCACUGUGUGGACAGGCACCCCAACCAGCAGUACAUCGUGGCCACGGGGGGCCAGGAUGGGAUGCUGAGUAUAUGGGACAUCAGGCAGGGCACCGUUCCAGUGUCCCUGCUGAACGCUCAUGAAGCAGAAAUGUGGGAAGUUCACUUCCAUCCCUCCAACCCCGAUCACUUGUUUACAUGUUCUGAAGAUGGAUCUCUUUGGCACUGGGAUACUUCCACAGAUGUAUCUGAAAAACCGUCUUUUCUUCAUCAAGGAGGAAGAAGUACAACCUAUUUUCCCCACAAUACCAUUAACCAGUCUGUAGUAAGUGCCUGGCUAAGCAACGAUCCUACCAAAGACCGCAUGGAAAUCACCAAUUUAAUUCCAAAUCAGACUUUGUCUGUCAAUAGUUUAGAUGUUUUAGGACCAUGCCUAGUAUAUGGUACUGACGCAGAGGCUAUUUACGUGAACAGACAACUUUUUGCAUGAAACCCACUCCGGUAUCCCUUUGAAGUACUGAGCGCCCUGAACUACUGGGAAAUGUCAGAUUAAUGACUUUAAUGACUUUAAUCUGUUAUCAGCAUGCGGGGGAGAAGCCUACAGCUUGCUGCUGGUACUGCAGAAGAAAUGUAAGGUGCCGCAGGUUCUGACAGCUGUCACUUGUUAUUAAUGUCAUUAUUGAUGCUCCGGGAUGGGUAGCUGAACAAACUUACAUGUAAGCUUGCUCUUGCUGCUUCCUCGGUACCGGUUUGGUUUUGGUAAGCAGGAAGGCAGCCACUAGGGCAAGGUAAAACUGAUGUCCAUAUACACUCACGUGCAAAGGGAAGAGAAAGCAAACCCCUGAUUUUUAUUUCCUCAUCCCCAAAGGUAUUUUUCAAGUAUUAAUUCCAAGGCCAAACUGUGGGGUUCUUUGAAAUGCUUUUUAUGUCACCUAAGAGAGAGGUUUUUUUUUUUUUUUUUUAAGCCAAAUUGUUUUUAUAUAUUUAGGGGAACAUAACUUUUUAUUUUAAUUCAUGAGAAUUGGAACAGAAAACUGCUAAGCUGUAAAAUGUGAAAGGUUCUCCAGGAAUCUUAGCAUUUUAGUAACAUUAUUUUGGAUUAUUUACAGCUUCAUCAUCAACACUGCAUGUUAAGACUCGGUAACGCUCAACAGAAAGGUGGUUUUUAUAGUUAAGAUGUCAUAAUUGACAGAUGCGUUGGCUGUGUUUUUGGGUGUGAGAAUAACUUUCUAAACUUGAGACAUAGCCUGUCACAAUCAAAAUUUUGCAUCUGGCCUGUUGCAAUCUUGGAAAUGGUUAAAUUUCAUUAUUAGUGUUGUAUCUACCUUUCAUUGCAGAGAACCCUUUCUCUUUUUAAUAAAAAGUUUUGCACAAGAA